UUUGCUUCCCUCGGCCUCUCCACCUUUCCCCCCGCCCGCUCCCCAGUUCCCACCCCAACAUCCACCUCCCUCCCUCCAUCCCUCUCUAGCUUCUGCCGCGAACCCUAGGGAGGGUCCCCAACAACAUGGACGUCGAGUCCGAGGUCUCGGCGGACGCCGCCGCUGCGGCGACGAACGGGUUGGGUGGCGCGGGGGAGGCUGCCGCUGAGGACGCGGAGGCCGUUGUGGUGACGAACGGCCUGGCUGGCGGUGGGGAGGCCUCCGCCGAGCAGCGCAGCUUGGAGGCGUACGCCGCGCUGUACUCGGGUCGGACCCGCCUGGCGCGCCUCGUGUUCAUCGCGCAGAGAUGCGGGGUGGAGGCGAUCGAGCUCGCGGCGCUGCGGAUGGCGUACGACGAGGCCAAGGCGCGCGAGGACACGGCAUUCUACCGCGAGGCCGCCCUCAGGAUCAACGGCCGCCUCGGCCCUACCCACCUGCUCGACCAGGAUUGGGUCGACUCCGUCAAUCACCGCGCCGAGCAGCGCAAGGAGAAUCUCGAGACCGAACUCGAGGUCUAUAAGACCUGCCUGCAUGGCGAGAGCAUCAGAAUAUGCUAUAAUGAUCUCGGUGACUUCUACUAUUCUCAUGGCCGCCUUACUGAAGCCUUCAAAAGCUAUAUCAAGACAGAAGAGUACUUCAGUGCUUCUGAGCAUGUAGUGCAGAUGUGUAUGAAGGCAAUACUGAUCAGCGUUGAAUUAGGUCACAAUGUUCGUGUUCUGAAUUUUGUAAGUAAAGCACAAGGAUGUCAAGAUCCACUGAGUCCUAUUGCCAUUGCUAAGCUGCAAGCAGUUGCAGGAUUAGCGCGUCUUGGUAGAAAGGAGUAUAAACUUGCCGCCCAAGAGUUUCUGGAGACAGGACCUGAACUAGGAAGCAACUAUUCUGAAGUCAUAGCGGCACAAGAUGUAGCUACAUAUGGGUCUCUUUGUGCACUUGCUUUCUUAAAUUACAGUGAUAUCAAGAUGAAAGUUAUUGAGAAUGCUAAAUUUGGAUCUUUUCUGAGCCUUUUCCCUGAAAUUAGGGGGUUGGUCAAUGAUUUUUACUACAGAUUACAUGGCAUCAUCAUAUACUGUUUCUGAGCUGCAAUGGGUGCUCCCAACUUCGAGCCCCGCUCAAAAUGAGGCAGAGGGGGAUCCUCAUGUUAAUGGUACUGAGGCUGAGCUAAAUGCUAUGUGUAAUCUAAUACUUCAUCCCAACUUCAAUAGUAACUUAGUUGUUUGUAUUUUGUUCACAAGCUAAUGUUUCUAGAACUAGCAUAAUUUUACAUCUUUAUGUACAGAUGAUGCAGCACUUGUACAAUCAACUCAGUACAAUUUCGUGAAAUCAAAAUACUACUUCAGUCUCUUGGGGAGAAAAGCCCAAACUGGGUUUCUCGGUCUCAGGCAUGUGCUUUACUCUUAAAUGCUGAAAUGUUCGUCGCUGAUUCUUUUGAAACUGAGGCAAGGGCGAUAAGAUGGUUGGAUGGUCAAAUAAUAGUGAUAUCAAACACCAAGUUCAGUAUGUUGGAAGGGGAAUUCGGCAAUUACACGACCACAUGUAAGCCCUUAAAAGAGAAGAAGCUCAAGUGCAAGGAAGAUUCAACAAUUGAUCGGUUUGAAAUGCGAGGCGAUAUCUGGGCAAGGAGAAGGACAUGCCUGCGGGAUAACUCUGCCUUUCACUUGAUCCAGUGGAGGAGGACAGCGGGGCUUCGGCGAGUACAAGUGCAGCAGCCACGGGAAGCCUCAUCGCAGAAUGACAGCAACACGCUCCUUAAGGAACUGCAUGUCACGAUGAAGAGUCUCCUCGAAGAAUUGAAAGUCAACACCAAGGCAGCGACGGAGUCAAGCCAGCUUAUCGCCAAAUCUUGUCAAGAAGUUAUCGAGGCCUGCAAGAUCUCUGCGACCAGCACGGGGACCGGUAUAGUGAACUGAGGAACCGCAUGUAGAUGAGUAGCCGUGACUUUACAUGUAGAUGAGUAGCAGCUGUGUGGUUGCUAGGGAACAAGUUCUAUACAUUGUUGCUUCGGUUGUAGAGCAACACGUUGUAUACGUUGUCACUACAGGGGAUGAUGUAGUCGAUAACUCCGAAUUGUGCGCGGGCUCACUUGAUCUCGUUGCCGCAGCAUUCAAUUGAUUGUAGAUCUGGGAGAGAGCACUGAUAUAUACUGAUUCGUAUUGAAUCUCUUAUCUCCAUGUGUUUA